CUGACACGACCGUCGUGAAACAUCGUAAAAUAUCGUAAAGCAGCGACCGGGACGCGGGAAAUGCCGUAUACUAGUUAUACCAAUUGGCAGUUAGUUUAUCCCGGUUUUUUAAUUAUUCACCGGGUUGGCACAGAGAUUGUCAUUAUGAAAUGACUUGACUUGACGGCAGAUCAAGAAUAUAGAUGUUUGUCUAUUAUGAUUUAGCCAUCGCUCUACAUCACAAUAAUUGUUAUUUAUCAUAUUUUUAUCUGGAGUUUGAGAAUCGUUGUAGUUUUAGGAAUAUAACCUAUUCUGCAGCCUUUUCUACGUUCAAAAUUACAAACGCCGGACCAUUUUCAAUUCGAGUUAUCAUAAGUUUAUUACACGAGAACUGGAACUUGGGUAAUUUUUUCAAUACAUCAAAGACACAAGUAUAAGUUUCCAGUAACUUGUCAAUAAUAAUUUAUGACUUACAAGUACUCGGAUCUAAAAUUUUAAAGUUGAUUUGAAUUUAUGAAAUACAGAAUGACCAGCGAAGGAAGUCAGGUGGACUCCGAUUUGAACAUAUAUUUUGUCAUAACGAGAGAUCAGAAAGAUGAGAACGAUUGCUCAAGCGACAUGUGGCAUGCAUUUAAUAGCUGCGACGAACACGAAUUAUCGCCAAAAUGGAUAAAAGAGAAUUUAUGCGACAACUUAGCACCAGGAAAGAAGGAUGUGUUUGUAUUGGAAGAAUUUGAGGGGUCAACGUUCGCACAUUUGAAAAAAUUUAAAUGCUCCAGAAUAGUUGGACCGCGAUGUUUACUGAGCUGUUUCAUGACCGGGGAACCAAUUCCCGAAGGAACCAGCCCAGUAUUCACAACUGCAAUGAGAGGCCUGGUUGUCAGUGUGUCUGGUCUCACUUCAGAGGCAAAAGAAAAUAUAGGAACGAAGGUAGAAUACAUGGGGGGUGUUUAUUCGCGACAAUUGCGAAACAGUGUCACACAUUUGAUUGCAAAUUUCGUGAUGUCUGAGAAGUACGAGAAAGCUGUUGAACAAAAAAUACCAGUCAUGACUGAGAAUUGGGUAACAGCAGUAUGGGAAGCAAGUCUUGUGGAAAAUAUACGGGCUACGAGCAGUAGAUUUGACGAAUACAAGUGCCCUGUCUUCAUGAAUCUAGUUGUUACCUCAACCAAUUUAUCUAAGCGAAAAAAAGAGAUUAAACAAUUGAUCACUGAUAAUGGUGGUAUAUUUAUGGGAGCUUUAGAUGGUGCCAAAGUAAAGAUCGUUGUAGCCCCAGAAGAUUCAGUGCUCAGUGAAAAGCUUAAGUAUGCAUUGCAAAAUAACAUUGCCUGCGUUACACCCCAAUGGGUUCAUCACAGUGUGAAGCACGGUUAUGCCCUGCCGUUCUCAGACUACUUAGUAAAAACUACAAAAAAAUGUUCAACGCCUGAGAAAUCUAAUGUUAAUGCAACAUUAAACUUUUCCACUAUAAGUACCAUACCGGGAGAUUCGAAUCAAAAUGGUUUUGUCAAUGAAACUAUGAUGACAACAAUGUCCAGUACAAUUCAGGAGCGAUCACCGCUGGAAAACAGAGCUGCUUAUGUGGAAGUGCUGGCCAGACUUAAUAUUCACCAGGCAAAAAUGGCAGGAUCAUUUUUAGAUGGUUGCAAUAUCUACCUGACCGGAUUUCCAUUGGAUCACAGAGAAAAGCUGAACCGCAUAUUAAAUGUAGGAAGUGCAACACGAUUAGACAACAUAUCGGAUGCUGUGACUCAUGUUAUUGUUGGAGAACCAGGCAAAGCAUUGCCUGAAAUAAAAUCAAUGAAAUCAAUGGGACUGAGUCCGUAUUUUCUAACAAUAGAUUGGUUGGAAGAAAGUAUGAAAAUAAAAAGCACUGCUGCAGAAGAAGACUUCAAGUAUGAGUUAAGCGAAGACGUAUCCCAUGAGAAAAAAAUGGAACCACCAUCUCCGCUUAGUAAAAAGAAUUUACAAUUACUCCAAAAACCCAGGAAACCACCAGUACCAGUGUUCAAUAUUGACAAGGAAAUGAAUCAAGUGAAAGAAACUGAAGAGCCUGAUCUUAUUCAAGAAUAUCUGAGGUCGAAUGCAUCUAGUGUAGCCAAUAAAUCGCUCGAAGAACUUGUACAACAACAGAAUGAGUCGACACUUAAAAGCGACAAAAACAGUGAUGCAAAAACCGUCACCAACGGUAAUUGUCACACAGCUGAACCGCACGUUUCAGAAUUAAGCGAUGACUCCACAAUACCCAUAACACAACCAUCUGAAACAAAUGUCCGAAUUCUGGAAGGUUUAACUUUUAUUUUAACUGGAUUUGAAGAUCAAGAAGAAACUGAGCUAUCGUCUAGCAUAACUACACUGGGAGGAAAAGUAGUCCCAAAUUCCUACAAAGGAAUCCCUGAUUACGGUGUCGUACCAUUAUUUGGCGCUCCGCUAAAACAUACAGUGAAUGAAAUAGUUACAGAUUUAUUCAUCGAAGAUUGUAUAGACUUGGAGGCAGUAGUUGAGAUCAAGUAUUAUUACAAGCCAAUUUCUUUGAGUAAAGACGCUACACCGUUGACGAACUGUGUCAUUGCAAUGAGCUCAUACACGGGAAAGGAGAGAACAUUUUUAUCAAAUGUAGCCGAAGCGCUUGGUGCGAGGUAUCAAGAUACAUUUGCCCGUAAAACUUACUUGAACAGAAAUACAUAUGGAUGUACACAUCUGGUCUGUCCAACACCAGAAGGAAGUAAAUACAAUGCAGCAGUUAAAUGGAAACUUCCUGCUGUAACUGCUGAUUGGCUUUUAGCUUGUCUAGCUCAAGAGCGCUGGGUAGAUGAAACCCCGUAUCUUGUUGGUGAAACGAUUAUAGCUGACGACAGACCCGAGGAUCCGAAAACGGGAACACCAAAUCAAAUAGAUCCAGUCAUUGGCGAAAUGGGACCGCCUUCGAAUCCAAAUAUAAGACAAAUUAUAACUCCGAAACGCAAUUUACCAUCUCUCCAGAGUUCCUGUUCUUCUUCUGAGAUUACACCCAUAAACAAGAGGCUCAGUCUUGGCGAUUACAAAACUCCACCAUCCCCAUUUCAUGUAUCCACCCCAGACACACCGUAUGGACAGUGUUUCAAACCGAAUCCAUCUCCAGCAACGAGGAAAAGGUGGCUAAAGUGGGCCGAGGACUUGCCUGAUAUGUUUGUGCCGGAACCACCGUUGAAACGUCGACGACCUAGUACCCCACUUUCAGAACUGAAAAAACAAUUAUGGGAGGAAUUGAAAAAACCAUUUGUACGUCAGAAAGAUCAAAAUCCUGCAGCAGAUCAGGAUGAAGCUGCGAAUGUAUCAGAAGAUGUUCCAGACCCAGUCGAGGGGAACCACGCAAGCGAUUCACCGCUGUCCACUAAUACACCUAUAAAAAAAGUAUUGGCCUUCGAUGACGAGAAUAGUCCUACGAAAACAGAUCAAAUAAAUUUACAACUUGCUCAACUUGAUCAAGUUCUCCAAGCCUCAACCCCAGAGUCUAGACCCUCCUCAUCUUCUGAUUCUGCAAAACAACCUAUAUAUGAUUCUGAACCUGUCGAUCAUAUAACAAAGUGCCCUGUUAAAGAUUCACAGCCUGAUACUGUUGGUUGGGAGGCUCCAGUCCAUACAGUGCUACGUCGAAAGUCUACCAUACCUGAGGAUGUCGAACAUGAAGAUGUAGAGAAUGCACCAGACACAACUGUUCUGACAGACGUGGGCAAGGAAAUCCGGAGUAAACCCAAAUUUAUGCUCUCUGGAAUAAAGGAUCGAGGUGAUUACGAAAAAGUAAUAGUAGAAUUAGGUGGUGAUUUUUCAAAGGAACCAAACUAUGACAUGUCGGCAACUCACCUGCUGUGCAUGAAGCCUGCACGGAAUGAAAAACUCCUUGCAAGUAUAGCCGCAGGAAAAUGGGUACUCCACUGUUACUACUUAAGAGAUUCCGAAGAAGCAGGAAUGUUUCUCGAUGAAGAAAAAUACGAGUGGGGUAAUCCUAAGAGUGAAAAUAUUAUUCCAAACCCUACUACCGACACCGAAAGCCAAAUCGCAGCUGCUGCCCACAGAUGGAGGCUAAAAUUGACAACAAAUCCAGGCGGUGCUUUUCGUGACAUGGUUGCUCUGCUCAUAGGACCAAAGGAGAGAUGCCAGCAGUUUCAAAGACUAAUUUGUGCUGGUGGGGGAACAGUUGUCGAAGCCAGACCGCCUUACAACACGAGUCCGAAGUCUAAGAAAAUAACUCACUGUUUUAUACAAGUUAAGCAGAUAGACCAGCCAGUGGACUGGGCGAUGAUGGCAAGCAAGGGAAUACUUUGUUUUUUACCGCAAUAUCUCAGCGAUCAUUUGACGGCUGAAAAACAGCUCAAUCCGAAAGACUGUGUAUUACCUGAAUUCAGAAAAUAUCUUUCUCUCUUGCCAAAAUAAUU